AUGAAUACAUACUCACGGUACAAGGUUCCCCAGUACUCGGAAGGAAAGAUUACUGAAGCUGUCGAUGCAACUUCGAUUGGACAGCUCAAGGUAACCAUUGACCGUCCUCACGACAAGGACACACUCCUGCCGUUCGACAGUGAAGAGCACUCGGUCUUGACAGUCGAAGAUCUGGUGAACAUGAAGCACUCGUUGGUCCUUCGAAAUUGGUCACGCAACAACUCGAAGAAACCGGUCGUCAUCUACACCAACAAUGACGAGAAGGAGUGUAAGCGGCUGAUGAACAACUUCUCCAAGCUCAAGGUCCCCCACAAACUUCGAGACACAUACCCCGCCAAGGCAGCAGCGCUCAAGGCGCAGACCGAGCUGUUGUUGAUGAAGAACUUUACACAACUCAAGCGCUCCGAGUUGUUCAAGAAUAUCGACGCAGGCCAGUGGACUCAAGUUCGACAGAUCAUUGUGCAUGCUCAGCUUCGCAUGUACAUCGGAUCGACCAACCAGCACCCUCCUAAAAGUGAAUGGGAAGAUUACAUGAUGGAGAUUCACCGAAACGCUCGCGUUCCAAAGCUCUCUGAUGACGGUGCCGAAGCCUGGGAUUUGGACGUAUACAAACCAUCGCACAAAGUCCUUGACGUCUCCGACCGCACUUGGGAAUCGACCCUGUGCAAGUUGUUUCCACAGGCCACAGAACAGAAUUAUUUCAAGAAUCUCUCCGGCGUAGACUCAGAAGUCGAAUCUAUUGUUGAAGCAUGGAAAGAGCUCACGGAGUAUGAUCCCAUGUCGGUCAUCUACAAGGACCUGAACAACCCGCAGAUGUGCGACUCCGGCAUCAAGCCGACAUCUGAACUUCCCAAGUUUACUGCAUCCGCCCGAUAUGUGUUUGAGACUGGAUACCACUACAGUUAA